AUGGCAGGAGGUGGUGGUCCGUCCUCUGGCACCGUUGAGCCACCGCUAAGCCAGGCCUACGGCUAUGGCAUUGUCGUGGGGCUUGGCUUUCUCUUUGCUCUCGGCAUGAUUCUGACAACCUGGAUUUUGAAAAGAUAUAACAACGAGAAGCAGACCUCUGAAAUGUUCAACACGGCCGGGAGAACCGUCAAGUCCGGCCUCGUGGCCUCCGCUGUUGUUUCAAGCUGGACCUGGGCAGCAACUCUUCUGCAGUCUUCGGGUGUUGCUUACAAGUAUGGUGUCUCGGGUCCCUUUUGGUACGCCUCAGGAGCUACCGUGCAGAUUAUCCUUUUCGCUACCUUAGCUAUCGAACUCAAGCGAAGGGCGCCAAAUGCGCACACAUUCCUGGAGGUCAUCAGAGCCCGAUAUGGUCGCUUAACCCACUGUGUUUAUAUUUGUUUCGGUCUAUUCACAAAUAUCCUCGUUACGGCAAUGCUCUUGACCGGCGGCUCUGCUGUGGUCACCUCCCUCACUGGCAUGCACACUGCUGCUGCUUGCUUCCUGCUUCCACUUGGUGUUGUCAUAUACACUAUGUUUGGGGGGAUCAAAGCAACAUUUCUCACAGAUCAUGUACACACUGUUGUUAUCCUCGUCAUCAUUCUUAUUUUCGCUCUCAGCGCAUAUGCAACUGGUACAGAACUCGGUUCCCCCUCCGAGGUUUAUCAUAGGCUUGUAGAAGCCGCGUCUACUCACCCAGUCGAGGGCAAUGCCGAGGGGUCUUACCUAACGAUGAGAUCAAAGGAAGGCAUCAUCUUUUUUGUUAUUAAUAUUGUUGGAAAUUUUGGAACUGUCUUUAUGGACAACGGGUACUACAACAAGGCUAUUGCGGCUCAUCCUGUUGCUGCACUCCCCGGAUACAUCAUAGGCGGUCUUUCUUGGUUCGCUAUCCCAUGGCUCUGUGCAACAACGAUGGGUCUCAGUGCCUUGGCUCUUGAGAGCAGUCCGUCUUUCCCAACCUAUCCCAAUCGGAUGGAUACUGCAGAUGUAUCCGCUGGUCUUGUUCUUCCAUAUGCAGCCGUUGGGCUUCUUGGAAAGUCAGGUGCUGUUUGCACCCUUAUUAUGAUUUUCAUGGCCGUUACUUCAGCUGCUUCAGCUCAACUAAUUGCUGUUUCAUCCAUUUUCACUUAUGAUAUCUACAACACCUAUAUCAAUCCCUCUGCAUCUGGCAAGCGUUUGAUUGCAAUGUCGCAUAGUUCAGUCAUUGCAUAUGGUAUUAUUAUGGCCGGCUUCAGCGUGGGGCUGUAUUACGCAGGUAUUAGUAUGGGAUGGCUCUAUCUCUGGAUGGGAGUUAUGAUAUCUGCCGCUGUGUUACCCGCUGCACUCACCUUACUUUGGAGCCGCCAGAACUGGAUUGCAGCAGCAUUUUCGCCAGUUCUGGGGCUCUGCUGUGCCCUGAUCGCUUGGACAGUUACGUGCUCUAAAGAAUUCGACGGAGUCCUGAAUGUGGAAACCCUCGGCUCUAAUAACCCCAUGCUGGCCGGCAAUGUUGUGGCUCUUCUUAGCCCUGUUAUUUUUAUCCCCAUACUUACCUUUGGCUUUGGAGCUGAUAGGUACAACUGGGCAUCUAUGGCUGCUAUCAAACAGAGUGAUGACGGCGCUGCCUCCAGUGGGACUGCAGAAGAUACAGAGAACGGCGAUCAAACGGCCCCUAAUUUCACCCUUACCGUUCCCGAGGAGGACAAGGCCAAGCUCAACAAGGCGUCCAAAAUCGCCAAGGUCAUGACGGCAUUUAUGACCGUAGCAUUUCUGGUUCUAUGGCCUAUGCCAAUGUAUGGCUCCUCCUAUGUUUUCUCCGAGGCCUUCUUCACGGGCUGGGUGACAGUAGGAAUCAUAUGGCUGUUUGCUAGUGCAUGCGCUGUUGGUCUAUUUCCACUUUGGGAGGGAAGGCAUAGUAUGCUUCGUGUGGCCCGAGGUAUGCUGGGCAAGGGAUCCAAUAUUCCAGUCAUCGAAGAGCAGGUCGAAAAAGAGAUUGAGGGCGAAGAAGACCUGAGCAAGGAGAAGAACGAGGCUAGGGAGGGCUAA